CCUCAACUCGUCUUCGCCUGCGAAGUCUGAACCUGAAGGCUUUUACCCUGCUCAAGCGGAGCUCGCGUCCAUGGCGUCCACCGCGCUGGUGGGUGUGGGGGGCGGCCUCUCUCUCUGUCUCGUCGCCGCAUCCUUCUCCAAGCGCGCCGGUGGCGGCUUCCUACGGCAUGGCCGCCGCCUCGUCCUCCUGAGGAGAGGAGGCGCGGGGGGAGAGGGAACGAGGAGACGGAGUUCCCUGAUAUUUCAUUGUGCCAAUGAGGCGAAUGUGGCGACUGAGGAUGACACUUUGGAUGCUGAUGCUACUGAUGAUGAAACAGGCCUUGAGACUGACACUGAUGAUACCGAAGAUGAACUAGAGUCUUCAUUGCCUGAGGAUGUUGAGUGGAUAAAGCAGCAGCCACUUCCUUAUCCUUUGGAUGCGCUGGAGCCAUACAUAAGCAAAGAGACGGUUGAGCAGCACUGGGGAGUUCAUCAGCAGAUGCAUGUGGAUAGGCUCAAUGGUAUUAUCGGUGGCAGCGAGUGGGAAGGCAUGUCCCUGGGGCAGAUGAUGUUUUCCUCUUUCAACGAGGGCAGGGAGCAGCCCCAUCCUCCCUUCUUCCAUGCUGCCCAGGUAUGGAACCAUGAUUUUUAUUGGCGAUCCAUGAAACCUGGCGGUGGGGGCAAACCACCGGAACGGCUUCUGAAGUUUAUUAACAGAGACUUCAGCUCCUAUGAGCACAUGAUCCAACAAUUCAUGGAUGCUGCACUGACUCAGUUUGGUUCUAGAUGGGUUUGGCUUUCUUGUAAAAAGCAAGUUGCUUACGUGAAAUCAAGAAGUCCAAUCCCAUCUGACAAUUAUGGUAGGCUGGUCAUCUCAAAGACUCCAAAUGCCAUCAAUCCUCUUGUUUGGGGCCACUCUCCACUCCUCGUGAUUGAUGUUUGUGAGCAUGCAUACUACCUGGAUUACGAGGACCGAAGGGCUGAUUAUGUUGCUGCAGUCCUAGAGAAGCUUGUGUCGUGGGAAGUGGUUGAGUCGAGGCUCACAAAAGCCGUACAACGGGCGGUAGAAAGAGAUGGGCAUCUCAUGAAAAGAAUUCUAAAGAAACGACAGUUAGCUCAGGCAAGGUGACCAUGAAGUCGCCAGCAGCAGUUCUGUGGAAGCAUAACAAUGCAGCUGGUAACUGAGGUGCAUCUUGGUCCUUGUGUAAUUUUACUUUGCUAUUCAGUGGAACCCUGACACAUAUGGACCUUGCUUUUGUUAGAAGAAUGUCUUUAACCAAUAGUGGUUACAAAAGUGUAUUAGAGGACAUGCCGGAGUCAUGGACAAUAGCGGACGCGUGGUCGCUCGGCUGCGUCAUGUCGGAGCUCCUCACCGGCAUGCCACCGUCCGCGGGGAAGAUCGAAGCCCACCAGCUCUUCAAGAUCUUCGACGUGCUCGGCGUGCCGUGCAAGAGGGCGUGGCAGGCCAUGAAGCCCCAGGCCUACGACGAUGAGGUGCUGGUGUGGCGGGCUCGGCAGCUGCGAGCGCGGCACCGCAACCGGCUGCUCGAGAUGUUCCCGGAGGAGAUGCUGUCAAGGGACGGAUUCCAGGUGCUCAAAGGGCUCUUGACGUGUGACCCCGAGAAGCGGCUGACGGCGACCGCCGCGCUCCGGUGCCCAUGGUUCAACGAGGACGACUACGGUGCUCCUGUCUCGGAGACGGAGAGGACCAAGAUCGCCGCCAUGGCCAGCAAGUUGAGCUCACUGGCCAUAUCUUACGUUGGAUCCGCGCUAGGUUUACUAAGGCCUAAGUCAUUGGUCCGAUGAUUGAACUGUGAUAUGGGAUGGAAGAAUAUUGACGUUUUACUGCCAGUUGUUUUAGUGAUUUUUUUUAUACACAAUCUUCUUCUCCCCAAGAUCACUACUCCAUGAAUCCAUGAACCAGUUUGUCUAAUAAAGAUGCUCAAGUCCAAAGUAGCUCACUAUCCGUGAAGAGAAUGAUCUGCUUAUAUGCAACAUCAAGAGUUCAGGACAAUAAACAAGUGGCGGAUAAAUGAAAAUGCACGACACCAAUCUGUCUAUCCGAUCCGUUGGAAACUGAAGAGUGCUUUUCAACAACCUGAAGCAUCGGGUAUCGAGGAAGCAUUGUUGUACACUCCCACGUCGUCCUCUCUGGGCGACUCGGGUGGCUCCCCCGACACCCCGCACAACCCCACCCCUGCGCGCUGCUCUUUGCCUCCGCCGCCGCCGCCGCCGGAAGUCCGGUGAGCAGCGAGGAGGGUGGCGGCGGGGCCAUCUCCCUCGUUCCCCCUCCUUUCCCCUCCCUUCUUUCACCCUCUCCGCUCUUCCUUCUCCUGCGCCCUGGACACGACCGGCGACCGGAUCCGCGCUCCACUGGCCGGUCCGGGCUGGUUCCGGCAUGGACGGCUCCGACCUCGGUGGCGGCGGGCGGGCGGCGGUGCUGUGCCGGCUCGGGGACCUGCGCGUCCUGGGCGGCGGUGGCGAUUUUUGCUCGCCUAGCUCUGCGGCCGGGCCCGUCGGCGCCCCCGGCGGCGGUUGGCGCGGCCCAGCGCGGUGGCACCAAUACAGCGCCUAGCCUGCCCUCUCGCUCCCCUGCUUCCUCCUCCCCGCCUUCACGUCGCCUUCGCGUCCCCUAAACUGUCCCUGCCGAUCCAUCGCCUAGCCUGCCCUCUCGCUCGCUGGCCACCUUGGCAGGAAGAAGCGAUGGCGCUGAUGCUUGGGGCCGGGAGGCAGCACGCUGCAGCGUGGCUCGUCGUCGUCCUGCUCCUGAUGCAGCUGGUGGCUGCCGUCAGGGGCGGAUCUACAUGGUUAAUUAAUUGGCGUACGAAUGAAAUUAGAAUUGUCUAAUUCAUUCUUCAUUCCCUGUUGUAGGCCGUCUGCUUCUGAACUAGGCCCCAUGGUUCAGAAGAGCUUUCUGUGUUCAACAGAAAGAACCCUUCAACACCACAGAACACAGAGGAG